CAGUACUCUAGACAUUCUAUAAACAAGUCCCGCUGAUAAGGUGGCCGUCACAGAUUGGGAGCAAUCGAAAAUUAGUUUAAUUUAGCGUUUGAUCAUGACGAGUCGGGUUCUGUGGCUCUGCCUGUUUGUGGCAAUAGUUCCAUCAAUGGCCAAGCCAUCGGAUAUGGACGACCCUUUCGCCGAUGACUUGACCUCGGAGUACGCCAAACGAAUCAUCCAUCAAGCGAAAGUGGCCGACAUCAAGACCAUGAUGAGACCGGAGAUAUCACCCUGCGAUGACUUCUACACCCAUGCCUGCGGGAACUGGCAUCGCCAUAAUCCAGCCCUCCUAUUCGGUGACGUCAAUACAAACACGUUCAAACUAAUAUCAAAAGGAUUUGAUCGGCGCUUGCUGCGCUUGCUGCGUUCCAACGAGCUCAGAUCCGAGCCGGAGAAAAAGAUGCAGCGCUUCUAUCAGUCCUGUAAUUUGGUGCAUCGCGAUGAUGUCCACUACAAGCUGGCUCUGGAGAACGUUAUCCAGGAGUACGGGGAACUGCCUGCUUUGGUUGGUGCCCAAUGGAACUCCUCCAAUUUUAGCUGGUGGCGAACGGUGGCCCAGAUUCAGCAAAAGUACGGUAAACAAAUCAUCCUGGCCUUGGAUAUACUGGGUGAUAUUCGGAACAGUUCGAUAAACCGCAUAUACCUAAGUGCAUCGGCACAUCAGAGUAGCACUGCCAGUGAUAUGCAGCAAUACUUCGGUGUAAGUGCAUCAGUGGCAAGGCAAACUGCACAGCAGCUUGACGAUUUGGAAAAAAGCCUGGCAAGCGGUGUCCACGGCACAGGCUCUUUUGAUGAAAACCUCUCCCUCUACUCGCUGGCCGAUCUUCAAGAGAAGUAUAGCGACCACCUGAACUUCACUGAAUUUCUGAGUCUGAUUCUCGGCGAGGAGAACAUUCCGGAGACCCUAUACAUUUCUGAUGAAAAGUUUCUCGACAAUGUGCUUCUAACAAUGCGCAGCACACCGUUGGCUACACAGGCAAACUUUAUAAUGUGGACUUUGCUUCAGGAGUAUCUGAUAGAUGCCAAACCCGGCGAAAUGACCACAUGGUGCACCGAAAGCACUAGAAAGUACUUUGUCCAGCUUGCCGAACAUGCAGUAUACGAGAGAUACCGCAGCGUGGCCGCAGAGUCGGAAGUUUUCAAUAUCUGGGAGCAGAUCAGAGGCCUCUUCCGGCAGCAGCUAAUGGGCGACAAAUUUGACUGGAUAUCUAAUGCCACCAGAACGCUGGCCAUCGAGAAGUUAAACCGCAUGCAGCUGCACAUAAGCUCCUACGACUCGGAGAACUUCGAGGAGCUUUUUGGUGCGGUGACUAUUGAUCGAACUAACUACGUGACGAACGUUCAGAAUUUGCUCAUUGCCAAGAGCAGGAGACUUGCAUCGCGGAUCAACGAGCCACCUCGCUCUUUGGAAGCGACGGAGGAUCUUGGCUUUACACCCACCUAUACAAUUUUGGAAAACAACAUAACGAUUCCGGUGGCUCUGCUGCAGCCCCGAUAUUUCUGGGGGGACCAGUAUCCGGAGGCCCUUAAAUACGCCACUUUGGGCCAGCUGCUCGCCCACGAGAUGCUCCACGGCUUCGAUGACGAUGGACUAAAAUACGAUGCUGCUGGUAACCUGGCACCGUUGUGGGACACCAAGUCGCACUAUGAGUUCGAUGAGCGGCGCAAGUGCUUUCAGGCCCAGUACCACAAAUACAUAUACGACGGAUUGCCACUGCCGAACAGGGAAAUGCAGUCGGAAAACAUCGCAGACAAUGGAGGCGUUAAGUUGGCCUAUGCCGCCUAUCAGCUCUGGCUGGGGAAGCAGACGGAGGAAGUGCGUCAACGAGAGACCAUGGAGGGUCUGUCCCUUAAUGGCCGCCAGCUGUUCUUCGUGGGAUACGCCCAGUUGUGGUGCGAUGAUGUCCAGUCGCUCGUCAAGACAUUGAUGGCUCAGAAAGACGAGCACGUACCAAACAAGUACCGGGUAAUUGGGUCGCUGUCCAACUUCCAAGAGUUCUCCUGGGUCUUCAACUGCUCCCAGUCGGCGCCUAUGGAUCCAGAUUACAAGUGUGCAAUCUACUGAAGAACGCUGUACCUUAACUUAAAUCUUGUAAGCUCGACUUAUAAGUUUUAAUUUAAAUAAAUUUGAUAAGGAUGAACAAUAAUGAGAGUUUACAUUCCGAAAAAUAUACGAUUGAAUUUUUAACUAUGGUGCCAAUAAAUCAGCAUAAAACUAUUUGAAACAUAAA